AUGUGGAUGAACAUGCUCCACUUUCUCCUGACAUUGACCUUUAAUAUCCCGGCAAGCUGCCACGAAUCGAGUCAUCACAGUCCAUCUUCCACAUCCAUCCACAGCACCUCAACGAUGCCCUACACCGGCCGUUGUAACUGCACCAGCGUCUCUAUCACCCUUCCGGCACAGCCGGAGAGGAGUGUAGCCUGCCACUGCAUCAACUGCAAGAAAGCUGGAGGAGGCUCUUUCUCAAUCAACUACUUCAUCGAUCAAAGUGACAUGACCAUCGAAGACCCCAGCCAGGCAAUGAAGAUCUACAGCGAUCCCAACACUUCUUCGGGGAACAUCAUCCAGCGUCAUUUUUGCUCCAGUUGUGGAAGCCCAUUAUUCACGUUGUCGCCAAAGGUGCCGGGUAAAGCGUAUCUGAAAGCAGCGCUGUUUGACAUUGUGUCAAAGCCAGAAUCAGUGUUUUUCGGCGAUAAGCAGGAGGAGUGGGUGAGCAUUAACUUGGCAUAG